AAAACACAAUCAUUUCAAUUUUCAUUGUCAUCAAAUCCUAAAAAAGCAAGUGAGAUUGGACAGCUUUAAUGGGAAAAUUAUAGGGGUAGUACCACAGGGUUUAUUAUUACAGGGGCUUUGUUUGGGAGACUUUGUAACAGCAUCCUGUUACAAUUAUGUAUUUUUUUUAUUUUUUCUUUAUAGUCCAAUGUCAAGAAAAAGAAAACAAAACAAGAGCAGAAACAAUUGCCAGAGCAAGCAGAGUAUUGCCAAGAAAAAGAAAAUACAGAAAGAUUUUCUAACUGAUGAAAAUGGAGAUAAUCUUGCUAAGCCAGUGGAUAAUGAUAUAGAAGAUCCUAUUCUUACUGAUGAAAAUAGAGAUAAUCUUGCUAAGCCAGUGGAUAAUGAUAUAGAAGAUCCUAUUCUUACUGAUGAAAAUAGAGAUAAUCUUGCUAAGCCAGUGGAUAAUGAAAAAGAAGAUCCUAUUCUUACUGAUGAAAAUAGAGAUAAUCUUGCUAAGCCAGUGGAUAAUGAUAAAGAAGAUCCUAUUCUUACUGAUGAAAAUAGAGAUAAUCUUGCUAAGCCAGUUGAUAAUGAAACAGAAGAUCCUAUUCUUACUGAUGAAAAUAGAGAUAAUCUUGCUAAGCCAGUUGAUAAUGAAACAGAAGAUCCUAUUCUUACUGAUGAAAAUAGAGAUAAUCUUGCUAAGCCAGUUGAUAAUGCUAAAGAAGAUCCUAUUCUUACUGAUGAAAAUAGAGAUAAUCUUGCUAAGCCAGUUGAUAAUGAAACAGAAGAUCCUAUUCUUACUGAUGAAAAUAGAAAUAAUCUUGCUAAGCCAGUUGAUAAUGAAACAGAAGAUCCUAUUCUUACUGAUGAAAAUAGAGAUAAUCUUGCUAAGCCAGUUGAUAAUGAUAUAGAUGAUCCUAUUCUUACUGAUGAAAAUAGAGAUAAUCUUGCUAAGCCAGUUGAUAAUGAAACAGAAGAUCCUAUUCUUACUGAUGAAAAUAGAGAUAAUCUUGCUAAGCCAGUUGAUAAUGAAACAGAAGAUCCUCUUCUUACUGAUGAAAAUAGAGAUAAUCUUGCGAAGCCAGUUGAUAAUGCUAAAGAAGAUCCUAUUCUUACUGAUGAAAAUAGAGAUAAUCUUCCUAAGCCAGUUGAUAAUGAUAUAGAUGAUCCUAUUCUUACUGAUGAAAAUAGAGAUAAUCUUGCUAAGCCAGUUGAUAAUGAUAUAGAUGAUCCUAUUCUUACUGAUGAAAAUAGAGAUAAUCUUGCUAAGCCAGUUGAUAAUGAUAUAGAUGAUCCUAUUCUUACUGAUGAAAAUAGAGAUAAUCUUGCUAAGCCAGUUGAUAAUGAUAUAGAAGAUCCUAUUCUUACUGAUGAAAAUAGAGAUAAUCUUGCUAAGCCAGUUGAUAAUGAUAUAGAUGAUCCUAUUCUUACUGAUGAAAAUAGAGAUAAUCUUGCUAAGCCAGUGGAUAAUGAUAAAGAAGAUCCUAUUCUUACUGAUGAAAAUGGAGAUAAUCUUGCUAAGCCAGUGGAUAAUGAAAAAGCUGAUCCUAUUCUUACUGAUGAAAAUAGAGAUAAUCUUGCUAAGCCAGUGGAUAAUGAUAAAGAAGAUCAUAUUCUUACUGAUGAAAAUAAAGAUAAUCUUGCUAAGCCAGUGGAUAAUGAUAAAGAAGAUCCUAUUCUUACUGAUGAAAUUUUGUAUCUUGCUACGCCAGUUGAUAGUGAUGAUCCUAUUCUUACUGAUGAAAUUUUGUAUCUUGCUACGCCAGUUGAUAGUGAUGAUCCUAUUCUUACUGAUGAAAAUAGAGAUAAUCUUGCUAAGCCAGUGGAUAAUGAUAAAGAAGAUCCUAUUCUGACUGAUGAAAUUUUGUAUCUUGCUACGCCAGUUGAUAGUGAUGAUCCUAUUCUUACUGAUGAAAAUGGAGAUAAUCUUGCUAAGCCAGUUGAUAAUGAUAUAGAUGAUCCUAUUCUUACUGAUGAAAAUGGAGAUAAUCUUGCUAAGCCAGUUGAUAAUGAAACAGAAGAUCCUAUUCUUACUGAUGAAAAUAGAGAUAAUCUUGCUAAGCCAGUUGAUAAUGAUAUAGAUGAUCCUAUUCUUACUGAUGAAAAUGGAGAUAAUCUUGCUACGCCAACAAUAAAAAAAAAUGAUUUAGGGACAGUUAACAAUGAAACAGUUCAAACUGAUGACUUAGAGGCAGACCAGUUUUUACGAUGUAAGCAACAUAAUAAAGUUUAUACAAGAAGGGUUCUAAAAUCAAAUGAAAAAAAUGACUAAGCAGAAAAAAAAGGCACUAGAGUUUAUAACUCCUACCAUGCUUGUUACUUUUGUGGGCAGCUAGUUCUGCAUAUUGGACCACACCUGAGGGCAAAACAUAAAGUUGAAAAAAUUGAUGGCAUUAGGGAAAAAGGAGAUGACAAACAUAAUACUCAAGUAAUUGGUAAAAAAGAAGGAGAACUUUUGCUGAGUAGAAGACCGACAAAAGACUUCUGUUGUGAUGAUUAUGGACCAUGUCCUCACUGUAAAGAAUGGAUUUUGAUGUCAAUGCUUCCAAGACAUCAGAGUGGCUGUACUAAGAAGCCUGAAGAAAAAAAAAGAAAAAAAGAUUUAGUGAUACAAUCAGACAUUCUGAGUGGUCGCCUAGCAAAUACAGCUGGUUCAGAAAAAUUUAGGAAUGAGGUUUUCGGAAAGAUGAAUAAUGACAAAGUAGGAAAAGUGGCAAGAAACGAUGAUAUAAUAACAUUGUUUGGUCAAUCAUGGUACAACAGAAGUAUAGACAACGUUUUGAAAAGGGCUGAGUAUUCCUCACAGAGAAUGAGAUUGGUUUCAAAGCUGUUGAUAGAACUUAAUAAAAUGAAGAAUAAAGAAAAAGACAAUGAAAGUAAAGUGAAUAAUAAUAAUGAAGAAGAAGCAGAGGAUGUUAGUGAAAUGAAGAGUGAUGCCAAAGAAGAAGAGGAAUUUGAGUCGAUGGACACCUUUUACAUCCCACUUAUUUUGACAAUAUAGUCAGAGCAGCAUUGAAUG